CUCCGUAAGGUUGGCAUCGCUGCUACUCUCGCCUCCUCGACCGAGCGCUCGGCGGACUCUGCCCCGCGAAAACCUCCGCUUGCACCGAUGGCCCGCCCGAGGGAGACCUUGCAGCUCCUGCCGAAGCCCCGCGGGCAGCUCUUCCCGCUCCUGGCUCUCGUCGCCUUCGCGCUGCUCCUGCAAGGGCGCGGCGGGCGCGCGGCUUCUUUGCAGGGCGUCGACGGAGCGUCCCCGAUGGCCAAGAUCUACCCCCGAGGGAGCCACUGGGCCGUGGGUCACUUCAUGGGGAAAAAGAGUACUGGAGAUUUUCCUUACAUAUAUGAAGAAGGUCAACGGAUGCCCCUCUCUUUGCUGCUAGAAAAUGCCAAACAGCUGGGCAGCUAUUUGCAGCAGGAUGAAUCCUUCAAGGAGCUGCUCAAACGUAUGGAAGAGGAGGAGAAUCAAAAUACUCAGGUUCUCCGGGAAGAGAUGCCAUUUUCUUCCAAGAACAAUUGGGGGACAGAGGAAACCGGCAGCUUCAAAGAUAUGAUGGAGCUCCUGCUGCAAGCACUGGAUAGAAAGGAAAGCAGUCCAAGUUGAAAUAACUGCCCUCCAGCACUGAAGACAUAGAAUAAUGUCUUUAAGAGACUAUUGUUUCAUAAGCAUUUUAUUGUACACGAUAACUAAAUAAUUAUCUUUUCUGUUAAAACAAGAUUUUUUUUCCCUUUGGUGUAAAAGAACCUGUUUACUUGUUCUCCUAACAAUGGCUACACUUUUCCAGUGGCUUUUUCCCCUUUCUAAGCAUUUUUCUCGCUUGAAUUGCUUUGUUGUACAUAAUUGUCAAUGAAGGGUCUUCCAAUUCUCUGACAAUACUUUGCCAUUUUCUCUCUUCAAUCACUGCAUCUUUUACCUUACUAUCAUCCUGCAUUUCAAUAUCCACAAUAAAUAAA